AUGUCCACCUUCAUUUUCGGAAUUGCUUUGGCGAUUAUCGUGGCUUUGGCUUCGUAUAUUUUUGUGCUUUCGCCUAAGGAGCGCAAGGUGCUCAAGCCGGACCAGUUCCAGGAGUUUCCGUUGAUUCAGAAGACGGUUUUGUCCCACAACUCAGCAAUCUACAGAUUUGGGUUGCCAAAGCCUAACGAUGUACUCGGACUCCCAAUUGGCCAGCACAUCUCCAUCGGUGCGGAGAUCAACGGCAAAGAGAUUGUCCGUUCGUACACGCCACUCUCCAACGACUCCGAAAAGGGCUACUUUGACCUUUUGAUCAAGGUCUACCCACAGGGGAAUAUCACCAAGCAUGUUGAUAACUUGAAGAUUGGUGAAUGCAUCAAGGUUAGAGGGCCAAAGGGCUUCUUCCAGUACACUCCAAACAUGGUUAAGGAGUUUGGUAUGGUUGCCGGUGGUACCGGAAUUACCCCAAUGUACCAGAUCAUCACUGCGAUCACGAACAACCCAGAAGACAAGACCAAGGUUACUUUGUUGUACGGGAACGUUACCGAGAACGAUAUCUUGCUCAGAGCCGAGUUGGACAAGCUUUCGGCCGAGCACCCAAACUUCACCGUCUACCACGUGUUGAACACACCUCCAGAAGGCUGGGAGGGCGGUGUCGGUUUCAUCACUCCGGAAAUCUUGAAGGAGAAGUUGCCAAAGGCGGCUGCGGAGACUACUUUGUUGUUGUGUGGGCCACCACCAAUGACUAGUGCGAUCAAGAGGGCGACGGUAGACUUGGGUUUCGAGAAGGCCAAGGCGGUGUCGAAGUCUGGUGACCAGGUGUUUGUUUUCUAA